UAAGCAGCUGGAACCAGAAGAGUUGAAUUCCUUAAGCUUCCCGUUCUAGACACACCUAUUUUGCACAAGUCUCAUCAACCAGGAAACUGUUUCAUUCGUUCAGAGAAAGUGAAAGUUAAGUGCUGUUGAGCUGAUGUUUGUUUCUCUGUCUGAAUGUACAUGCAGUGAAAUGGCAGAAACCAGUUUUUCUCAGGACCAGUUCAGCUGUGCAGUGUGUCUGGAUCUCCUGAAGGAUCCAGUGGCCAUUCCCUGUGGACACAGUUAUUGUAUGAGCUGUAUUACAAGCUACUGGGAUCAGGAGGAUCAGAAGGGAGUCUACAGCUGCCCUCAAUGCAGACAGACCUUCACUCCAAGACCUGCUUUAAAUAAAAACACCAUGCUGACUGAAGUGGUGGAGCAACUGAAGAAGACUAAACUCCAGGCUGGACCUGAAGAUGUGGAGUCUGACGUCUGCACUCGAAGAAAACGCAAAUCUGUCAAGUCCCGUCAGAUGAGUUUGAAAGAGCGACAGAGAAAGUUUCAGCAGAGGGAGAAAGAUCUUGAGCUGAGAGAGGCUGUGGAGUCUCAUAAAGUGGUUUUGGAAGAGAGAAAGAGAAAAUUCCAGCAGAGAAUCCAGCAGAGGCAGAAAGAUCUUGAGGAGCUGAGAGAGGCUGUGGAGUCUCACGAGCGCUCUGCACAGACAGCAGUAGAGGACAGUGAGGGGAUCUUUACUGAGCUCAUCCGCUCCAUUGAGAGAAGCCGCUCUGAGGUGACACAGCGGAUCAGAGAACGGGAAAGGGCUGCAGUGAGUCGAGCUGAAGGACCCGUGUAUCGACUGGAGCAGGAGAUUGAUGAUCUGAAGAGGAGACACGCUGAGCUUGAGCAGAUUUCACAUAUACAUGGUCACACCAAGUUCCUCAAGAGUUUCCAGUCCCUCGCUGUAUCUCCUGAAUCUGGAGAUGAACCCAACAUCAAGAAAAACUGGAGGAUUUCUAGUUUCCAGUCCCUCGCUGUAUCUCCUGAAUCUGGAGAUGAACCCAACAUCACUCUCAGCUCUCUCCUCUCUUUUGAUGAUGUGGGAAAGUCCCUCUAUCAACUGAAAGAAAAACUGGAGGAUUUCUGUUGA